AUGAAGCUCGUAGUUGUACAAUUCUCCAUAAUCUUUCUUAUCCUCACAUCUUCUUUGUUCGUACUUUCAACCGCAGAUUCGUCAUGUGGUGGAAAGUGCAACGUGAGAUGCUCAAAGGCAUCACAACAUGACUUAUGCAUCAAAGAUUGCAAUAUAUGUUGCCAAAAGUGUAAAGGUUGUGUGCCCUCUGGCACGUAUGGAAACAAAGACCAGUGCCCUUGCUACCGAGAUAUAAAAAACUCCAAAGGCGGACCCAAAUGUCCCUGA